AUUAGCAUCGGCAUACGUUCCCAAGAGAAAUGGAGCAAGUAUUUAAAAAUAGAGGUAGUAUCAAAUAUGUUGGGCUAAAUCGACAAUUUCGAAAAUUUUCAAACCAGACAAGAGUGUGUGUUUAAAAGGUGUUUUUAAAACUACCCAAAACCCAUAUUUUUCUAAGCCUGGUUAGAUCAGGUAAACGUACUUAACCAUUGUUGAUCACCUCUAUCGUACGUCUACACGAGCCAAUAAUCCGAUGUGCAAUUGACCCGACCUGCACAUCAUAUUGUACAUCUUAAGAAGAGUACCAAGGAAGCCAAGAUACGAAGUAGUCACAAUCACAAAAAACCAAUUCUAUAAUUGGCGCUCAUUUUCUUCUCCCACACUACAUUUUUCAAACACCCAGUGCGCCCCUCACUCACCACCUUCCUCCCUCUCAUCCGCCAUGGAUGAACAAACUCAAGCUUCAUCUCUCCUCUCCAAGCUCGAAACCUACGAAUUCGCCGAAAUCUACACUCAUUUCUCCGAAUUCCUGCAACCAUUCUCUCUUCUCAAUUCCACCAAACCUCAAAACCCUAGCAAAAAACCCUCUCGCAGCAAAAAACCCUCACAAUCUUCCCCUUCUUCGUCAAUUAGGUCACUUGCGAAGACAUUUCUACCUUUCGUUAAUCGGUCUCUUUCUCUCCUCCCGAAACGGCUCUCCGAAUCUCCAAAACAUCCGAAAACUGGCGAAUUUGUGGCUCAAUUGCUCGAUUGUUACAAAUUGUGCUUAGAUUGUUUGGAUGUUUUAUCGUCCGAGCUUUCGGGUAAGCUGUAUUGUGUGCAUUUGCAGAGAGGUAGGUAUGUACAUUGUUUGAUUAGGUGGGAGAGGUAUGGGGAUGCUAUCAAUGAAGGUUUUAGGGUUUUGAAGGACAUUGGAGGGGUUAAGCUUGAAGGGCCUGGAUGGAAGGUUUCGAAAGGAGAGCUCGUUCCUAGGUUAAUCGUUGUCGAUGGCGAUAAUAAUGGAGGAGUGGAGGAGGAUAUUGUGCACCUAGUUGUGGAUUUGGUUGUUGCUGUUGCACAGUCUGUAUCGUUGAGUAAAGUUAAAGAUGCUGGGAAGUAUACUGGUUUGUUGAUUUUGCACGACGAGGCUCGCCCGUGGUUCAGGCAUCUGGAAACUAGUGUAUGCAGUAAGCUGCAAUGGAAGCUAUUAGCUCACAUGAAGAAUGUUGCGCUGUUUUUGGUUAGAGAAGUUACACAUUUUAAUGGGGAUUUGGUACCUGAUUUCUGUGCUGCUGUAUUCAACGAGUAUACACAAUUAUUGAAUGCUCAAUGUAUCCAGGGGACAACAAUGGAGGAACAAGAAGAAUUUGUAAAAUUUGUAUCAAAUUGUACAUCCAAAUGUCGGUCAGCAUGCAAGAAUGUUCGGGUCUCCGUUGCUAUGCAUUUGUACAGAUCUGCAGACAAUUUUUCUCAGGGUUUUUUAUACUUCUUACUUAUUCAGAGAUUUCAUGCUUUGGGGCUAUACUUCUAUGAGUUAUGUUUUGAAUCAAACAAUUGUAUGUCUUCGACUUCAGGGGGCUCAACAGGUACUCAUUCUGUGGGAUUUUUUCCCAAUGAUUGGGAUAAGCUAAAAGAUUUAUCAUGUUUGCUGAGUAAUGGCAAGAAAUACUACCCUUCUCACUUAGAGGUCUAUGACAACCCGCUAAGUCAUGAUUUCAGGGAUUAUGUUGAGAAUGCAUCUAUAAGUUCUAGAGCUGAUUGUAAGAUUUCUAAAUCCUUUAAGUCAACAAAUGGGGAAGAAAAUCUAUCUUUUUAUCUGAAUGCCUUGAAGUUCCUAUGUUGGCCACUUGCUGACUUUGUAACUUCAGAAAGAAAAAGGAUAGUUGUGGAAGACACAGAAUCCCCCCUAGGAGAUGCAUUGAAGCUUAUCCUGGAGGCAUUCCUUGAAUACAGCUACCUCUUUCCUCAUUGUCAGCAGAAUAGCGAAUCUCGUGUUGAAAUUGACAUGAUUGUGCUUAACAUCUCUGUGGCUUGUUUUACUCUCUCCCUGAAGCUAAAUCUCAUCACCGAGGGAAGUACAAGGCUUGUAAAUUAUAUUCUCUCUGAUAAGUGUACUUCAUUGUUACGGCCUCACAUGCUGAAGUACAUCAUAGCCAUGCUUCACAACAAUUUUGUCGAAUUCUACAGACAUGAACAAUUUAAAGAGGCCUUUGAUGCUUUAGAAUUAUGUUCUAGAGCAUCAUGGAAUCGCUGUUUACUUCUGUGCGAGAUACAUGUGGGCAAGCAGAAGGGAGUUGAUGGAGUGGUAUCGGAAAAUAUGAUUGCUGAGUCUGUGAAUGAGGCAUGCAAAGUUGGUUCUCUUCUUAUGGACAUUGACCAUCGUAUUGAUAGCGGUAAAGUGGAGAAGGCAAUAGAUAGCGGACUUGUAAAGUGGUGCCUUGCCAAAAACCUUUUAGGGCAGCUCCCUUGUCCUGUGACAUUGAUAAAACACUGGGCUAAGGUACAGUGUAAGUUGUAUAAGAAUACCAAAGAUGAUGCUCCAAUCUUGGGUUAUAAUCUCCUCCAAUCUCCUUGCUUGGCAAAAAACAAUAUUUCAUCUGAAAUUGUUGGGACCGUUUUAGAGCAGGAACUUUCAGCUUACCAUGAGAUGAGCAACUUGUAUCCUAUAUUUUGUCAGAGAAUGCAAAUGAAAUUAAUUGACACCCUCUUGAAGAAAUUGUAUAUAUCUAGCAAGUGCUUGCAGAGAUCGACUAUUCUAGUCAAGAAAGGAUUGUUAUUAAGGACCUUUGGAAUUGAAAAUCUGGACAAUUGUAUCUGUUGUUUGUCAAAAGCAAUUGAAUCAGUUAAUGGCAUGUCUGGUGAUAAGGUGUAUAAUCAGUUAGCUGUUCUGUAUUGUUUGCGUGCGCUUUCCAGUCAUGAAGCUGACCCAACAUCAAAGGAUAUGUUUAGAGAUAUCAAUGAAGCUGUAGACCUAUGGUUGACGACUAUUGAUGUUCUUUGUUGCUCUUCUAGUGGCAAUUGUGAGAUGGGAUGUGAGUAUGUGUUGCAGCUUCUAUAUCACAUUGCUGACUUAUUAUCCAUCAAGGGCGAUGCAACUCUUCAUGCAAAAGUACUAUCUGUAAUCAUGAAAGUGUGUAAACAGUUGAAUGUCCCACUGGAGAAGUGUCUGUCACUAUUGUGGGAGUCGCGAAGGGUUAACCAUGCACUAUGUGCUGUACCCGUUAAUGAGGCAUUCAUCGAGGCUCUUUCAAAACAUUAUGGUAAAGAGGCGGAGUCUCUUGAAUUCUGGAUUGGUAGUUUUAAAGAUUCCCAGCCGCUAUUAGUAGGGCUUCAGCAAAAUUUCUCGUUUUUGUCCUCUCUUUUCCCCCUUGCUUUCUAUCAACACAAGCAUUCUUUACAGUCCGAGAUCUCUGUUGAUGAAGUGAAAAAAAUUGCAUCGAACCUUCUUUCAAAUGUUUCUGUAUCUCGUAGCUCUGCUUUUCUAGCUGGAUAUUUAUACCAUGAUUUGAGUGAAUGGCUUUGUGCUGGUGGAAGGAUUAUUGAGGCAUUUUUUUAUGCAAAAGAAGCUCAUCGGUUGCGUGGUAAGCUGUUGCAAGAGCAUUUUUCUUGCUCAAUUCAACAAAAUGAUGAAAACCAAGGGGAAUCUAUAAGGAAAUCAUCAGCUAUUGUUAGUCAGCUCUCUGUGUUGAAUCAAAUAGCUAUUAGAGCUUGGCCCGCUAAAUCUGUUGCACCGUCUUUAGACAGCUCUUCUCUUACCCCUUGGAAUGUGCUUCGCUGUUAUCUUGAGAGCACGCUGCAGGUUGGUAUAAUCCAUGAAAGACUUGGAAAUGUUGCUGAGGCAGAAGCUCAGUUUAUAUUAGGCAAGAGUAUCUCCUGCUUGCAGUGCCUGCCCCGGUUCAUUUUCAGAUUUUCCUCUUGUUUAGGGAAAAUAUACCAUGGUAUGGGCCUUUUGGACUUCGCAUCCACAGAAUUAUCAGUGCAAAAUUUGGAUGUUGAAAGGAACUCUCUGACUUGCUCAAGGUGUUUACUCAUGUUGGAAAGUGAUAUAAAUGAACUUGGUAAUUUGCGUAGAAAAGUUGUCAAUUGUGCUCCAGGAAAUCCUUAUGAAUCAUCUAUUCUAAGUCUGUUAUCACUUGAGGGAGCCAGUGUAGCACACUCUGUGCAUGAAUGUGAUGCUGCUAUUUCAGGCGUUGACACUAUAUCAAGGCCUACAAAAGCAAAAGCUAAAGUGGAAGCUAAAAGGUCUAGGAAGACAAAAAAGGAACUAGAAACUCAGGUAACUGCUAAUUCCUGUGUAGCUGAGCAGAAUAAAAGGGUAACUCGUUCUAGAAAGCUGUCUCCUAAUGCCAAAAGCGCUGCCUUUGUCAAAGACGGAAAGAAUGUUACAACUUGCCAGACCAAUGGCCAGCUGGAAACUGAAGAAGCGAUUGUUUCUAAGAAAAUUUCAUGCCAGAAAUGUUUUUCAAGCGAACUUAAUUUAUUUGGUUCUCUAGCUUGUUUUACUCAAAUGAAGUGGGAGUUUGUACGCCGGCAACAAAUACUGAGACUACUCAUUGAAUUAGGGAAGCGUCAGGGAGCUUUGGCUGGAACUCAUAGAUUGCACACUGUAUACUCUAAAUGCAUAUUUAUAUUGCUGGGAGGAAAUGAUUGUCAUUGUUCAAGCUGUACUGUUCUAGAUUUUGAUUCUAUCAGCAAGGAGAUUGCUGGAGAUAUUUUGGUUAGCGAACGUGCAGAAGUGUUGUACAAUAUUUGUUUGCUUUCCUUGAAAGCUUUGUAUUCUGAGGACAUCAGGACUGCUUGUUUUCCUUUUUGCUGCAUCCAAAUGUCUCAUGUAAUAUCAUUCCUAAAGCUAUCGUUUGUGCUGAGUCGUGAGAUUCCUUUGCUCUUUCAGAAGGUGUCGAGACUGCUUGCUUUGGUUUAUGUGGUUUCAGCUUCCAAGAAGAACUUCUCUUCCCUUAUAUCUUGCAAAGUGCUUUCAGAAAGUUAUUGGGCUGCUUAUUUUCAUCAAGCCUCAGUUGGAUCUCAUCAUGAUUUGCAGUUACUUUCAGCCAUUUCCUUGAAGCAUAAAUCCCAGUUGGUAUCCAAAAAUGAGGGUUAUGAAGCUGCUGAUGCGACAAGCGUAACAGAUACUUGCAAGUUGCUUAGGAUUGUUCCUGAAUCAACAAAAGAUAUGGAAUCAUGUGUGGCAAAGUUUUUUGAAAACCUUCCCAGUACCACAAUAGUAUGUGUGAGCAUACUAGGGGCUUCUUAUGCGAGCCUUUUAAAAGAAUUGAUGUGUUAUCCUUCUACUGUUUAUGGUUGGAUGCUUUUGUCCCAUUUUAAUGCUGACAGUCAGCCAGCUGUGAUAAUGUUACCUCUAAGUACUGUUAUCCAAGAAGAAGAACCGGAUACUAGCUGCUCAAUCUUUGGUGAGAAGAAUGUACUGAAGGAAUGGUGCUCACCAUGGGGCUCCAAUGCCCUGGUUGAUGACAUAGCUCCUUUGUUUAAAUUGAUUUUGCGAGGAAAUUACUUAUCUUGCUCAAGCUUUCCUGAAGAACACACUGAAAAAAGCCGUGAACUAUGGUGGACUUUGAGAGAUAACCUUGAUAAGUGCCUGCAUAAGUUACUGCGGGAUAUAGAAGAAAAAUGGCUUGGUCAGUGGAAAUACUUGCUUCUGGGUCAAUGGUUGGACACUGACCCCCUUAAGUGUGCCGUGAAGGAGUUCAUGGAUAAUACCAGAAAAGAUGGAUGUAUAUUGGAUAUAAAUGAAAGUAUAGUAAAGAUAGUUAUAGGAGGCAUCAAGUCUAUUAAUACGGAAAAAUUGAAAAUCCCGAAGUUGUUCCUUGAGAAAGGCUGUUUCAUUGGAAGCAUCACAGAUUCUGUUCGAGGACUGGAUAAGGAAUAUGAUGGUGUUGAUUAUGUAUCAGAUUUACUCAUUGCUGCAGCUAACCAGAUUGAGUUAGAAUACUGCAGCCGCAGGGAACCUGUUGUUCUUGUACUAGACAGCGACAUUCAGAUGCUUCCUUGGGAGAGCAUUCCUAUUAUGAGGGAGCAAGAGGUGUAUCGCAUGCCCUCUGUUGCAAGUAUCUUCAUGGCUCUGCAAAGGAGGUCUGUCUUACAGGAAUCUGCUAGGCUUGGUACCAAAUUUCCAUUGAUAGAUCCACUGGAUGCUUUUUAUCUCCUGAAUCCGAGUGGUGACCUAAGUCGCACACAAUCUGAAUUCGAGGAGUGGUUUAGAUAUCAAAACAUGCAGGGAAAGGCAGGAGCUGUCCCGUCAACUGAAGAGUUGAGUGCAGCAUUGGAGAACCAUGAUCUAUUCCUAUAUUUUGGCCAUGGAAGUGGUGCACAAUAUAUGCCCAGAGACAAGAUCCAAAAACUAGAAAGCUGCUCUGCUCUGCUUCUUAUGGGAUGCAGCAGCGGAUCUUUGAACUUGAACGGGUGCUAUGCUCCAGUCGGUACUUCUCUCUCGUAUAUGCUAGCUGGCGCUCCUAUCGUGGUUGCUAACCUGUGGGAAGUGACAGACUUGGACAUUGACCGGUUUGCUAAAGCUGUGCUUAAAUCUUUUUUUGAAGAAAGAUCAAUGUCUUCCACAGACUGCAUUCAAUGCAGUUUAUUAGCCGAAGAAUUGGAGUCUAUGAGCGUAAAUGAAAGGAAAAGAAACCCUAAGAAAGGCCGAGGAAAGAAGAAAGCAGUUGAUCCUGUGCCUGAUGUUUCAGGUGAAUAUUGCUACAAACAUAAGUUAAGGGCUGGAUAUUUUGUCAGUCAAGCUCGAAAAGCAUGUAAACUUCCCUUCCUGAUUGGAGCUGCACCUGUUUGUUAUGGUGUUCCUACAGGUAUAAAGAAAAAGAGAGAUAUUUAGUCCUCAACAUCUUGUUGAUCCCCUUCAAACAAAGUAAGGGGUGUAGAUUUGUUGUACAAUUAGUUGAUCAGUGUAACACAUUGUAAUCUUAGAUUUAGCAUGAAAAAAAAGCAAGAAAAGCUGUACAGAAAUGAAGAGAUCAUAAAAAUCACAGGUUAUUAAUAUAAAAAUUAAUUUUACUUGGACCACAUUUAUAAAAAAAAAAAAUUAUACA